AUGAACAAGGUCAUUUUUGUUGCCUUUUUGUGUGUCGCUGAACUCGUGUCGUCGUCAGAACUCGAAACUUUGGAUCGCAAAGCUCGAAGUCCCCAAUUCGGCGGAUACGGAGGAUAUGGCGGUUUCGGAAGAGGUUACGGCGGCAGAAGACGCGGUCGUUACGAAGUUGUCUACAUUGAUCCUUACAAUCAGGGCUUCAACCAAGGCGGAGGCGGAGGCUCUAACUCACAAUCUCAAGCUCAAAGUCAAGCAACGAACAUCAACAUUAACGUUCCGCCCGGAUUUCACGUCGAAAAUGCGGGCGGCGGACAAUCUCAAGCAAAUGCGAAUGGAAAUUCCUUCGGAAAUGGCGGAAAUUCAAAUUCUCAAGCUCAAAGUCAAGCGCAAAAUGUGAAUAUCAACAUUGUUCCAUCUGGCGGGCAUGGAGGACAUCAUCAUCGUCGUCCUCCGCCACCCCCGCAUUAUCAUGGGCAUCCAGGAGGAUUUUACCCUGGCGGCGGAUUCAACGGGGGAGGAUUUUCAGGCGCCAGUGCUAAUGCAAAUGCUUUUGCCGGCAACGGAUUCAACAAUCCCGGAUUCAAUCCGUAUUACAAUCCCGUGGGAAAUGCUGUCGGAAACGCCGUUGGCAAUAUUGUGGGUGCGGCAUUUAGUCAAGCAGCUGCAAAUGCAGGUUCCUUCGGUUUCUACGGGCGGUGA